AUGCAACCAGCCAAGUCGGGCCCGCACCGAGCCCGGCCAGCCCGCCCGGCCGCAGUAGCCCCUGGAGCCCCGCCAGCGGGGAUGGGCGUGGGCCCCGGCGGCCACCGCCCCGCCAACUCCCGCUCGCAAGGAGAGAGUGCGCCCCACCCGCUACGCCGGCCCCAGACCUACCUGCAGGGGAUUGCGGUAUCCCGGGGAGCACAGGGUGGGGAGAGUAGCCGGGGGGCUGCCGCGGGCCAGCGCGGCCCGUCGCGAGGGUCGCGGGGACCUCGCACUCCCCUCAGCACCAGGCCGUUGCCACCGCCGCCGCCGCCAUUUUGCCUUCCACUCGGUGUCGCCGCCGCCGCACUCCGCCGCAGGUUUCCCGGAUGUGGGCAUUUCCCGGCGUCGCUUGCGCGGGGGCCGACGACUGGGGGCUUUGGCCCGCUCGGCCGCCUGCGGAGAGCGCCGCCCGCGGCCUCCUGCCCGCCGCCCGGCCCGGCUCCCCUGUGCGUCGCCAGCGGCUCCCCCGCCUCGCGCUGCCCAGUUGACUCGCCCCGGACCCUUUUGAGUCCCACUCACACACGGAAACCCUGCCAUCAUGCUGGAUCAACUAGAGCUGUCCAGAAGAGGGAGGCAGCACAGCACAUUUUCAAAUAUACGGAUGAGAACUUGCUGGGAAUGAAUGCUGUGGAAGGUAUGAUUAGGCUGGAGAUGCCCUCCAGGGUGCCUUCCGCCUCUGGGAUCCUACAGCCCUCAAAAAAAUUAUUUGAUAGUUCCAUGAAUAAAGGCAGUGACAAUGAGCAAAUUCAUAUAUUAGUUUUAUUUAUACUGUAUCAAGCUUAUGUUUCUUAUUAAAUGUAUGGCAUGUAACAAAGAUACUGUCUUUUACACAUGAUUAUAAAUACUCAAAUCAAAGCAAAGCUUCAAACUUAAAACUGUUUCUAGUUCCAGCUAAUAUUCUAAGCCUAGACAUCUGGUUCCUUCCUUCUACCAUUAUUUACUAUAAUGAUCAAAGGGAAAUUAUAUACAUUUCUGCUGGAAACUGAGAUGGGUGCUAACAUGUUUGAAACCUUCACUUUUCAGCAGCAAAAAGCAGAGGCACAAGCUUGCUAUUCACUGUAUAUGGAAAAUGUGCCACCAGGGACCUAGGGCCUUUGACUUAGAGCAAGGAUGCUGGCCUGCUAACCGUAACGUGAGGGUGUUCGCACUGGGUGGGGAGAGGCUCUGUGGCUUAGGCUGUGGCAAGACAGUCAUACAAAGGGAAAUAUAAGGCCAGAGGAAAAUUCAUAGCUGUGUUUAUAUUAUUGAACCCAUACAGGCAAGGAAUGUGCAUCUGUGUAUAUCUCACAAAAAACAUGAAAGACUUAAAGUGUCAUUAAAAGUACUUAAAUUUUUCUUUUGACUCUUAUUUAUUUUAUAUUUGUUUUUCUGUAAUGAAUUACUUUUACAAUAAGAGAAUGUCUUAAAAAUCAGUCCCCUACGGAUAGGACCCAGAGCUGUUCCCUGGCUGUGAGUACCCGAACAUGACACAAUACAAGGGUCCUGGCGGUUCAUGAGCAAAGGAACCCCAGGUGCCAAGCGAAGUGCGCUGAGCUGACAGCAUAGCCUCUGUGCAGGCCGUAGGGGGUACCGUGGGCAGAAACGAAGCCCUAGAGCUUUAAAAUGAAAACACUAAAAAGCAAACAUGGGCACGGAGGAAGAGAAUGUGGUGCACCGAUACAAUGGAACAUUAUUCAGCCAAAAAUAUGGGAAUGGUGUUCUAAGUUGAGCUGCAACAUAAAUGAACCUUGAAAACUUUAUGCUAAAAUAAACCAGACACAAAAGGCCAUAUCUUACAUGAUUUCAUUUAUAGAUAAUGUCCAGAAUAGGCAAAUCCAUAAAGACAGAAAGUAGGUUUGUGAUUGCUAGGGGGUUGGAGAAGGCCAAAAUGGGGACUGACUGCCAAUGGGGGGGAGCAGUUACUUUGAGGGAUGAAGAGGAUGUUCUGGAUAUAGACAGUGGUGAUAGAUGCAUAACUUUGUGAAUAUUUUAAGACAUGAACUACACACUUUAAAAGAGUGAACUUAAAGUAUGUGAUUUGUAGCUCAGUAAAAAAUAAUCAUGAACUUAUCUGUAUGUAGGUUAUAUUUCAAUAGAGUUAAAUUUUUUUAAAUACUAAAAAAAAGAUAUUCCCACCAAUAUAAACAUAAAAAAUUCCUAUCAGCAACAUUUUCUUUCUUUCUGACUCUUCGGAAUUCAAAGUUACUAAUUAUCUUUAAUAAAAUAUUUUUGAGCCAAAUAUAUACAAAAAGCAGAUGUAUAUAUAUAUUCCAUUUUUAAAUGUUUACAAAAAAAGAAAAAACCCAAGAUAAGCACAAACCCCCUGAAAAUAUUAGGAGAGAAAAGCAAUAUUUUACUUAAUUACUAUUAUUGGAAUUACAAAUAAAUGAAAAACACUUCAAUUAUAUAACACUCAUUAUAAUCUAAUAAUGCAUUUAAUCUACCAAACUCUGGAAAGACAAUGUCAUUAUAUUGUCUUCAAAUACUACAGAUUAACGUUUCGAAUAAAGAUAAAGAAGUCAAAAUUCUUUACUCUUACCACACACCAUACUAGUACAUGUUACCUAUCAUACAUGUUACCUCAUACAUGUUACCUAUCAAAUUUUAGUUUGGGAAUAGGCUCAUUUAUCAAUGUGAAAAUUAUUUUAUUGCCCAGUGUCCAGG